AUGUGGUUGUCUGUUCAUACAUCGACAUUCCUCAAAGGUGGCGGCGGAAUUGUUGAUUUAGCUAGAGAUAUGAAUGCAAUGGCGGCCGCCAGGGACGGGCUGGAGCUGGAGAAGACUAUAUGGCUGGUAACCAACGGAUGUAUGCAGCAGCAGCCACGGAGUACGGUGCUGAUAGGCGAACCUCACAUACAGCUAGCUCACCUCAAGGAUACCCUGGAAAGUGAGGUUCUGUCUACUCGUGGAGGGGAAAAUAAGACGGUGACAGGUAUUAAUGAAUGCCGCAACAGUGUGCAGCAGCGCAAGAAGGAGGCACGGCGCAAGUGCAGGAAGAAGAAGAGAACAGGCUCCAGAUUUGUACCUUCCUGUUUCCAAGAGCUCUACCGGUUGACUGGUGAGGUGCUUGGAGAAGGGGCGUAUGCAUCUGUUCAGACCUGUGUUAAUAUCUGGACAGACUUGGAGUAUGCUGUUAAAAUUAUCGAAAAAAAUCCAGGCCAUACUCGUAGCCGAGUAUUCAAAGAGGUGGAGACUUUUCACAGUUGUGAAGGACAUCCUAACAUCAUUCAGCUCAUCGAGUUCUUCGAAGAUGAAGAAAGGUUCUACCUGGUGUUUGAAAAAGUGAAUGGCGGUCCUCUCCUUACCCGCAUCCAGGAACGCGUUCACUUCAGUGAGCGAGAAGCAAGUCAGAUCGUUAGGGAUAUUGCCAGUGCACUCCAGUUCCUGCAUGUUAAGGGUAUUGCUCACAGGGAUCUGAAGCCAGAGAAUAUCCUUUGUGUUUAUCCUGACAAGCUGAAUCCAGUGAAAAUAUGUGACUUUGACCUGAGUUCAGGAAUCAAGUUCAAUUCAAACCUGACUUCUCCCCUCUCUACUCCACAGCUACUCACCCCAGUUGGAAGUGCGGAGUACAUGGCCCCUGAAGUCGUAGAGGCAUUUAUUGGCGAAUCUAAUCCAUAUGAUAAGCGGUGUGAUCUCUGGUCACUCGGAGUUAUAAUAUAUAUCUUGCUGUGUGGCUAUCCACCUUUCUACGGCCGCUGUGGGUCUGACUGUGGUUGGGAGAGAGGCGAAAACUGUCAAGCAUGUCAAGAAUUGCUGUUUACAAGUAUCCAUGAAGGUUUUUACGAUUUUCCUGAGCGUGAAUGGGCAGAUAUCUCAGAAGAAGCCAAGGACUUAAUACGCUCAUUGCUUGUGAAGGAAGCGAGCCGCCGUCUGUCUGCAGAGUGUGUGCUAACUCACCCCUGGAUGUCUACAGACUCAUCCAGAUCCAACCUGACAGCCCGAUCUCUGAUUACUCCUUACAUCAUCAGGAGGAACAACAGUGCCCGUGAGCUGUCAGAAUUUGCAGAAAGUGCAAUGGCUGUGAAUCGUGUUGUGUUGCAACACUUCAGCAUGAACCUUGAGCUAGGCACUAUCCAGACGCCAUCAUUAAUCGAGUCCUCCACUGUCCAGGAACAAAAUUUAACUAAUGGAGCUGGUUAUGGUAACAUUGUAUUUAAUCUGUCUCCUCCAAGUGAAUCAAGGUUAAUCCAACGCCGCAGAGCUCAAAGCCUCACCAAGAAGUAUGACAACAAUGAGUUGUUAAAAGUGUAG